CUCCAGAGGCGGAGCUGCUCCCCGCGGCCCACGGUCCAGGCCUGGGGGAGACCCGGGGCGAGAGCGGAGCGGACGGGGGCGCGGCUGGGCGGCGCGGCCAGCCGGAACCCUCGGGUCCCGCCCACCUGCUGGAGGGAGCGGCGGCGCCGGCAGGGGAGGCGGGAGAGGCGCGGUGCGGGCGUGGAGACCGGCGUGUUGGGGAGCCGGCUGCGAGGUCCGCCCGGUCCGACCUGCGGGAGUCCGACUAGCUGCUUCUCGCGACGUCACCGGGGCUGCGGGCAGGGAGCCCGUUGGUCGUCUGCGGUCAGUACUGCGCCUCGUUUCCCCGCGCGUGCUGCCCAGUCAUCUCUGUGUCUUACGCAGGUUUCCUUCUGCCGAACUCGGGAGCGGCGAUGGGCAAGCCCGGGACCCGGGAGAAACAGCCGCAGGACUAGCGUCCUCCUCGGCCGGAGGAGCUGGGGAAGAGGAUGAGCGACAUUCCACCCAUAAUGGAAGUGUGUCCUCAUUGUAAGAAGCCGUUUAAGCGAUUAAAAUCUCACUUGCCACACUGUAAGAUGAGGGAACCAACUGUACCUGCUGAUCAGAAAGUCCAUCCAUCCAAGCCAGCUACACUUCCACGUGCUAAGAAAAUGAAGGGGCCAACCCAAGACUUAAUGAAAGCUAAAGGAAGAGAGUUAGACACAGUGAGUGAGGAAAGAAAUACCACACUGACAAGGGACAAAUCAGAACGGACAGUUGCGCCCUUUCCACUCUUAGCUGUUGACCCAGAAAAGGCAAAUACUGCAAAGGAUCAAAAUCAGCACUCCUUCACAGUUGCAAAGCACACAGAGCCAAAGAGAGCUUUCCAGGGUAAAACUAAGGCUCAGCUUGAUGCAUCAGAUAACACCUCUCCUGAAAGAGAAGUUGCCCAAGAUUGGCUUAAAUCAGACAGAAGUAGGUGUAAUCCUCCAGAAACUGAAGCGCCUUUACUGGUUGACCCAAUGGAACUUUCUUUGUCAGAUCACAAUAGAAAAUACUCCUCAGCCCUGCCUGAUGAGGUACAAGCCACUUCUGUGAAUUUAAAAUCAGACACAAUGGAUCCUCAAAGACUUUUAGUUAAAUUAAUAGAUGUACCCGUGACUGAUUAUCAUCAUUCUCCAAGGAAUCUCAGCAAAGGAGUUCAGAGACUAAAAAUAUCCAUGUGGAGCAGAGAGACAGAUUCCAGAGGAAGAGGUCACGUCCCAGGAGCCUCUGCUGACACUGAGACUCAGGAAGAGAAUUCAGCAUCACCCAUUUUAGGCCUUCUCGUUAGCCCAUUAGGUGAGAACCAAGAAAAAGAACUUGGCCUUGGAGCAGAAGCUUGUGGGGGCAAGGGGAAUGCAGAGGAAAGUGCGUCUACCACAGAGGUGCAGGAGCGGGCCUCCGUGAGCUGUGGCUCUAAGCACUUAAACCCUGGCACUUCAGUCUCCCAGGGGAAGCUGGAAGAUGCAGGUCCACUUCUCAAUCUGUUUGCUCCACAGGAGGCAGCUCACAGUAAGUUUCUUUCUGCCUCGCAAUCAAGUAAUCAAAGUCUUGCUUCUCUGGCUAUGAAAUCUCUUCAAGAAGAGAAAGCACAGUUCUGCAGUCAUCAGCAAGUCCCUGAUGUAAAUUUAUUAGUGGAGAUUAAGGCACAAGCUCUGGAACCCAGACCUAGCUGCCAGCCCCACGCAUUGUACACUGGGUCCCCACAGUCUCCACCUGCAGCUCAGCAUCACCUUCCUAAAAGCUGGUUGAUCGGUCACAUUAGCGCUGCUGACAGGAAGACUCUUUCCAGCCCCUUGGGGUUGGAGUGGUUCCCAGAGCUCUAUCCUGGUUAUCUUGGACUCGGGCUGUUGUCCGGGAAGCCUCAGAGUUGGAACUCAGUGGCCCAGAAGCCUCAGCUCUCCAGUCCUCAGGGAGAAAGUCUCUCACAAGUUCCUUUGUUGGGAAGAAGCUCGACUGAUUUAAGGAGUUUGGAACCCCCGGCCAGGCUUACCACCUCCAGCUUUCCUCUGAGGAGGCUCUUGGGAGCUGUGCACAAAGGCUGGCUCAGGUGCAACGCCGUGGUGAGGAAGAGCGGGGUCGGUGGCAUUACCAUGCUCUUCACGGGCUACUUCAUCCUCUGCUGCAGCUGGAGCUUCCGGCAUCUGAAGCUGCAGCGCUGGCGAAAGUAACCUUGGCCUGGAUACCAUUGAAGCCAAAGCUCGGAGCCUCAGGAGCCGGGUGAUGCCUGCACAGACAGGAGAGGGAGCCCAGAAUAAAGUUACUGAAUCUAAAACAGCCGUAGAAAGUGUGUCUUAUUAAGAUGGACAGACCUGGCUCUGUCUGGUGUUUCUUUGGCUUACUUUCAGAAGUGACUAAGAGUUACUUUAAAAGACCAUUUUUGUUUAAUCAUAAGAUUGUUAUUCAAAGUGUCAUGAAGAUGAUAAAUGGGUCAUUUAAAUUAAGAAACUAUUUCUCAAUUCUCAAUAAAAAGGAGUAUCUCAGUUUUAACUCUUUCUCCCCAAAGUUGUUCUCGAAACCUUGGUGUUUUGCCAUUUGUUGAGAUACUAGACUCCAUAUAUACUGAUAAAGGAUACUGUCCAGACUGUCAGAAAAUAAGCCUAAGUGGAGGCCCUUGCCUCUUGGAAAGAGCCCUCUGGACCCUCGGGCAGACUGGGGUCUGAGCAGCAGGGCGCUGUGGGAAGGGCACUUAAACACUCCUGCAAGUGUGUCCUGAGCCGAUCAGAAGUAGCACACCAACAGAAAAGGUUAAGGUCCCUUUGUGCAUCUUCAGCGAGUGUAGCAGUGAACGUGGGAUCUCCUUUGAUCGUCUCUUCCUGGGAACUUCAGGAUCCCACCCCAUCCCUUCUCAAGAGCAUCUUUCAGUUUGUCAGUAUUAGUUUGGGCUGAUGGGUUUUCUGGGCCUCUUCCCCUGAUCAAAAUAGUGUAGCCAGUGCAGUGGCACACACUUAUACUCCCAGCCCCCGGGGAGGCUGAGGGAGGAGGACCAGGCCAGCCCUGGCCACUUAGUGAGACCCUGUCUCAAACAAGUAAAGGGGCUCUACUCGGUGGUAGCACGUCCCUGUACUGGGGGGAAAAUACUCAAUGUUUAAUUUUUUAACUUUGAGUUCAACCCCUGGACAGGAACACGGGUGCCAGCUGACAGGGACAAGGGGCAUAAGCGGGAAGUCAUUUCUCCAAACCUGCUUGUGGCGCACACCAGCUGGUCUCGCACGCUGCCCAGACCAUAUGGACCUCCCUCCCUCAGCUUUGCUGUGACAUUGUCACAGCGAGACCCCGAGGUCAGUCCCACUCCCCAGCCCCUGCACAGUCACCCAAGCACAGACGUGCUCCCGACUGGUGUGUGCCUGCCCCUGGCUUCCUUCCUCUCCUCAGGGCUGGACACUGGGUCUGCUGCAUCCCCUCUCCAGUGGCUCAGGGUUAAUGCUGCAGCACACCGUCACGAUUAGGGAAACAGUGCUCCAAAGUGUGGCACCAUGGUAACCAGAAUUCUCCAUGGCAAAAUUGGCAGUGAGGGGGAGAGCCUGCCCUUUGGUUGUUCUAGCUUAUUCCUCGGACCCUCGCUGGAGCCCGGGAACCAUCCAUCUCUUUUGAAAGGGCCUCCCGUUAAUGACACAGGAGUUCCCUCCACACUCCCCUCUGUCUGCAAGGUCAGAAAUGCUAGGUCACCCUCUUUGUCCCCUUGGCAGGGGGCAGACUCCUGCAGUCCACAGGUCAGAUCAGCCCCUCAUUUAGUUAGGUGUUAUCUCUGGCCAUUUCACACCACAGCAAAGUGGAAUAGUUGCAGCAGGAACUGUGUGCCCCCAAAAGUGAAAACAUUUGCUGUCUGACCCUUUUCAGGGUAUGCCCACCCCUGCCCCAGAGGAGCACGGCGCCUGGCACCUCUGCAGGAGUGAUGGGCAGCCCUGGGAUGGCUGCUCUGAACACCUGGGCUAGGAACCAGUUCAACAGGAGUUGGCUCUAGUGCCCUUGGGCCCUGUGCCGCCUCCUGGACCACCCAUAACACCCAGGUGCAGAGGCAGCACAAGGGCAGCUGGUCGCUCCCCAAGAUUCCUAUCAAGAACGUUGACCUAGGGCUGGCUCAGUUGGUAGAGUGCUUGCCUCAUAUGCACAAGGCCCUGGGUUCAAUCCCCAGCCCCGCAAAAAAAAAAAAAAAAAA